AUGCAAUGUUGCGCAAUGGGCACAUGCCACAGUGCAAUUCCAACGUGUCAGCAGAAAAAAAGAAAAGAAGUGAGCACUCGCCAGGACGUGAUUGGACAGAUCCUGGUGGUCAGGUUCUUUCACAUCAUGGGCGCUUCUUAUAUAAAUUGCGAGAUAAGGUCCAAAAGCCGCUUCACUGAAGGACUCCCACAUCCUAUGAUCUCAGCCGUCCGUAGCAACAUGACAGAGUUUUGGAAGGAACACUCCAGGGAGGCCACUGUGCAGGAGAUGAUGCUGGACUCUCAUGCCGUUGAGCUGACUCAGCAGGAAUUGCCUGAGAUCCUGUCUAUGCUGCCAAGCCUGACUGGAUGUCGGGUGCUUGAACUAGGGGCCGGCAUUGGUCGAUACACCAGUCAUCUGCUGAAACAGGCGAACCACGUGACCGCCGUGGAUUUCAUGGAGAGCUUUGUGGAGAAAAACAAGCAGGACAACGGGCACCACAAAAACGUUACCUUCGUCCAAGCAGAUGUCACCAAGCUAGAAUUCCCCCCGAACAGCAUUGACUUCAUCUUCUCCAACUGGCUGCUGAUGUAUCUCAGUGACAAGGAGCUGAAGUUGUUGUUAACGGAAAUGUUAAGGUGGUUGCGGCCUGGUGGUUCGCUCUUCUUCAGAGAAUCAUGCAACUACCGCUCAGGUGACUGUAAAAGGGAGUUCAAUCCCACAUGUUACCGCACUGAAGCGCAGUACAACCACCUGAUCACAUCAGUCCAAAUGGAGGAUGAAAAUGAACGGUUUGGUUUCGACAUUGUACUCAGAAAGAGGGUCAGAACAUACAUUGAGGUGAAGAAAAACCCAAAUCAGAUAUGCUGGUUGUUAGAAAAGGUUGCACGUUCUUCAGACACAAAGGAGACAUUCAGCAACUUUCAGAUGUUCCUGGACAACAAGCAAUACACGAGGCGUGGGAUUCUGCGGUAUGAGAAAAUGUUCGGGUCAGGUUAUGUCAGCACAGGCGGGCCCAACACCACCAAGGAAUUUGUUGAUCUCCUCAACUUGCAACCUGGCCAGAAGGUUCUGGAUGUUGGCUGUGGUAUCGGUGGAGGAGAUUUUUACAUGGCAAAGACAUUCGGAGUGGAGGUGCUUGGCAUGGACCUUUCAGAGAAUAUGGUGGACAUCGCCAUGGAGAGGGCACUCUCCGAGAAGUUGCCAUCUGUGGAAUUUGAAGUUGCUGAUGCCACUAAGAGAACGUUUCCAGAGGGUUCUUUUGAUGUUAUCUACAGUAGAGAUACAAUCCUUCACAUUGCAGACAAGCUCGCUCUCUUCAAAUGUUUCCACUCAUGGUUAAAGCCUGGAGGACAACUGCUUAUCAGUGACUACUGUUGUGGGGAAAAGCCAUGGACCCCCCAGUUUGAGGCUUAUGUCAAGCAGCGAGGCUACAUACUAUACACGCCAUCCCAGUAUGGAAAGUUCAUUCAAGACGCUGGUUUCUGUAAUGUUGAAGCAAAUGACCGGACAGCCCAGUUCAUUCAGGUCAUUAAAGAAGAGCUGCAGAGAGCAGAUGAAAUCAAGAGUGAAUUUAUCGAGGAAUUCUCUGAAGAGGACUACAGUGCAAUUGUGAACGGCUGGAGGGAAAAACUGGAGCGUUCUAAGAGUGGAGACCAACGGUGGGGCCUCUUUCAUGCAAGAAGGAACUGA